AUUUCAGCCAGCGGGGAUCACGUGCUUUUGCUUCUACUGUCAAGACUAAGGAGAGAAUUCGGCACUGAUUGCCCCCAUAUUGUAUACCCCCCUCCACCCAACCCACCAGAGCCUUCUUUCUCUCUCUGGAGGAGAUGGGGAAGAUUAGGGGUGACCGCGCCUUCCUGCUUUCUUUGUUCAUCGGGAUUAUGGCGUGUGCAGUUGUUGACGCCGACACCAACAGCGUCUUCCAACCUUGCGCUGAUACCCUUAUCCAGAAAUCGGACGGUUUCACGUUUGGGAUCGCUUUCUCCUCCUACAAGUCCUUCUUACCUGACCGGACCCAGCUAUCUCCUUGUGAUCGACGUCUUUCACUUUCUUCUGCUAAUGCGCAGCUUGCCGUAUUCAGGCCGAAGGUCGACGAGAUCUCUCUCCUUACCAUAAACACCUCCAGCUUUUCUCCGGACGUCUAUGGGGGGUACAUGGUAGCAUUUGCGGGUCAGAAAUAUGCGGCGCGGUCCAUCCCUACAUUUGUUGCAAACAGCAGCUUCAUAAUCACCAGCUUCACAUUGGUUCUUGAGUUUCAGAAGGGAAGGCUGCAAAACUUGUAUUGGAAGAGAGACGGGUGUGCAUCAUGUUCCGGAAAAUCAAAUUUUGUUUGCUUGAAUGGGCAAGACUGUGCAAUCAAACAAUCAAAAUGUAAGAACCAAGGUGGACCAGUUGACUGCAGUCUUGGCAUACAGCUGACUUUUUCUGGUACGGACAAACAUUAUGCUGCUCUAAACUCAUGGUAUGAGGUGAAAAAUCUGAAACAAUACUCUCUAUAUGGGUUGUAUUCCAACCUGAAGAAUUCUCUCACCAGCCAGUACAACAAUUUCUUUUAGAUGGCUGAUAUGACUCUUCUCGACAGCUCUGAUAUGCUUGUGAUAUUUCUUUGGCUUAGUGUGAGGUGGCUAGUGGUGUUUGCUGAUGAUUUUAGCUUUAUGCCUUUGCUUUGUUACCUUCAGUGAAGAAAGGUUGUAAAAAAAGAAAACUAGUUUGUGUCUGUAUUGUCAGAGAUACGCUACUUAUUUUCUUAUUUUGGUUUAUUAUUCAAAGAAGUGCACAGCCCUACUCAUCCA